UGCAGGAUACAGUCAAACGAAAGACUUGCUUGCGUGCGUGUUCGGAGCUAAGCUGACACUCAGCUGAGACGGUGUCCGUUUUUAAGUUACAAACAGUUUGAGAGUGAUUGUGCACAAUUGAAUUCACCGUUGCAUACUUUUAGGCAUUCAUUUUGACUUGCAAGUGCCAAGUCGUCUCUUCUUCCACUUGUUCAACGCUCAACGUUCACGUCGCGUCGAGUCUCGUCGCGUCGCUAAUAAAACAAAAAACCAAUUAAUUCGGUCUUAGCUGUCAACGAGGAGCACUUUCCAUCACAACCAGGACAAUGCAGGCCGUGCACAAAACUGCACAGAGGAGCAAGUGGCUGCUGCUGCUGCUCUCGAUGCUACUCAAUGCUGCAUUGCAACCACGCGCUUUUGCCGUAAAUGCCACAGAGGAUAUUGGCAAUGUAUCGCCUUGCGAAAUGGAGUCGAUAAUAAAUCAACUCAUGAAUCCCAGCCCGGAGUAUCAGCUACACGCAUCCGCUUUACGUAACCAACUUAAGAAUCUGCUGCGAGAACGUCAACUGGCUGUGGGCGAAGAGCAACCGUUGGGCGAUUACUCCGACUACUUGGACGAGGAUAAGCGUUCGGUCGCCGCCUUAGCUGCCCAGGGAUUAUUGAAUGCACCCAAGCGUAGCCUUGCCACAUUGGCCAAGAACGGACAACUGCCCACGGCCGAGCCGGGAGAUGAUUAUGCCGACGCCGAGUCCGGUGAGCCCAGCGAACAGAAGCGUUACAUUGGAUCCCUGGCCCGAGCUGGUGGUCUGAUGAGCUUCGGCAAACGUAAUGUGGGCACCUUGGCACGUGACUUCCAGCUGCCCAACGGAGCUGGCAAACGUAAUCUGGCUACCAUGGCCCGUCUCCAGAGUGCACCCACUUCGCAUCGGGAGCAACCCAAACGCAAUGUCGCCGCCGUGGCACGCUACAACUCGCAACAGCAUCAGAAUCAACGCAGUGCUGCCGAGAAACGUAAUCUGGGUGCUCUGAAGUCAUCCCCGGUGCAUGGAGCACAGCAGAAGCGGGACGAGGAGGAGAUGCUAUUGCCCGCUGCAGCUCCCGACUAUGCUGAUGCCAUGCAAAGCUACUGGUGGUAUCCCAGCUAUGCUGGCUACGCUGAUCUCGAUUGGAACGAUUAUCGACGUGCCGAGAAGCGUUUCCUAGACACCUCGAAGGAUCCCGAAUUGUUUGGCAUUGAGCAUGGCAAUGAUGCUGAUGUUGCCAAUGCAGAGGACGAUGCUGAUGCUGAUGCCGUUGCCGUUGCAGAGGAGCUGGAGGAGCAACAUGAGCAGCAGACAGCGUUGCCACAGAAGCGUCACAUUGGCGCCGUAUAUCGAUCUGGCUUUCUGCCCAGUUACCGUUAUCUGCGCAGCCCCACCGGCAGCACCGGAGGUGGCUUCGACGGCGCCAGGGGACGCUUUAGUCGCUCGGGACGUGCCAGGCAAUUUGUCGAGUACUACCCCCAACACGAGCGACUGCGUCAACCAAUCGCAGCCGUUUGUAAACGAUGUUUCCUACCCAAUCGACCGAUGAUGAACUGGAGCGGUGCUGGCAUACGCGGUCGUCUGUCCAAAAUCUAUGCGGAUCCCAUUGAGUCAGCCAGUUCAUCGGCAGCGAUUGCUGCACGCCAGCGCAGCAUCUCAACAAACUCGCUGCCCAGUGGACCGGCCGCCAUCUCCCGCGGUCCCCCAUCCUAUCCACCCUUCCACUCGUGGGGCACUCCGCCGCGUAUUACAGCACUGCAACGAGGCGUCUAUCGACGCAACGGUGAGUCCAUGGACAAAUACGAAUACUAAACACAACAAGAUUUAUUAAGACAAUACUAUAUAAUCGAACUAUACAAUAACGAAACAGUAUUAUAUCACAUACAAGAUAAUGGUUAUUAACGGUUAAUUAUAGAGUAUUUUCGAUUUUCGAUUUACGAUUUACGACUUACGAUUUUCAAUGUACUACGAGUAGUUCUUGUCACCGUCACACACACACCUGCAGCACUCGCGGCUACACAGAGCAAAUGUGAAAUUUGAAAUGAACUUUGCGCGUAGUUUCGGUGCCACCCAAUACGUAUAGAUGCGUACCAUAAAUAUUUAUGUAUAUCUUAAUAUCAAUGUAAACUGGGUAACUGAUGUCACAGUGCAAAGCAAAAGAACGUUUAAAUAUCAAUACUUAACUAAACCAUAUCGAAACUAUAAAAAUCCUAAAACAAAAACCAAAAA